AUGAUGGCGCAUCAGUUGAUAGCACAACCACCACCUCCAAUGUUCAAACAUUUGACGGCAUUCUCCACCCCCGCGCUCCGCAGUUGGGGUACCCUGGCUGAGACUGAGAACCUGGGGGGACAUACAUUUAGUCAGUGUUCCCUAAAUCGGAGAAUGUUUCCACCCAAGUGUUUCCUGUCCCUCAUCUCUGUCUCUCGGCCAUAUGCUCAUCCUCUCAACAACAGUGAAGCAAAAGGCAUUUUGGUACGCGCCUUAUCACAGCUGGGAAUGGCUCCCUCUUAUUCAGAAAAUAUGGAAAAGAAGAAGAAAAGAGUACGGAACUGGACUGCAGAUGAUCGGGCAGUUCACCGUGUCUUUGAGCGCUCACGGCGGGAAGCGUUCAAGGAAGGGUUGCAGGUGAGCUCAAGGCUGACUUUGUACAAGAACCUAGCCGCGUUAGUUCCCUCAUUACAAUCCGUGGACUCCAACAAACUCUCCAAGCAUGUUGUUCUCGAUGAGACAAUAUCGCUGCUGCAGUCGACGAACCAAAAGGCAGCCGAGUCCCAGAUGGUCAUAGACUCACUACUCGCCGAGCGGCAGCAACUUCUCACCGAAAUCAACAUGUGGCGAGCGAGCGCAGGCAUGGAAUCGCAUGCGUUUCCCUCCAACAUGGCCGAGGUGGCUCAUGCAGAACCUGCAACAAACACGCCGGCUUUAGUAGCAGGUGCAGGUGACGUGACUGUUUUGAGUCCCCUGCAGCAAUUACAGGGACAGUUGGAAUUGCCACUCCCGAGUUCCGAAUCAUUUUCUGAUUCCGGAUUUCCUGGAGAAAUGGGGGCUAUACCACAGGGCACGGAGUCGUUGGACCUGGACGGCCUGCCUCUCGAUCCAACAUCUUGGCAAACAAAUGAGUUAUGUGAUUCUGUUGUGGGAGUGCCAAACUAUGCCAUGCAAUCAAGCCUCUUGAUGGAGGGGGGAACGUAA